UUGUUUACAGUAGCAACACAAAACUACGAAUAGAAGUAGAAUCUAGCUUAGAUCUAUUCUUGUUCGCAGCAAUUAUUAUAUUUUAAAGGAUUAGGCCUAGACUUGAUAUAGACUUAAUGUCUUCUUUACACAACAUUCAUUCAUGUUCUCAGAUAUUGGCACAGAAUGCAGAGCUGAAACAAAAGCUGCACUACGUUAAAAGAAAGAAAGAUGAAGUCCAGCGCCAGUUGGACUCUCUGCUGACCAGAGAUCAGAAAACACAGCCCAAGCUGGCAACAAAACAUGUGGCCAUACAAACAGAGUUGAAGCCCUGGACACUGCGCAGUGUGAGCCAGUUGACCAAACCACCAGACAAACAGCUGCAAGAAUCUGACCUCUCUAAAAUAAACAAGCUAAUGGACAUGCAUUCCCAGUUACUGAAGAGGUAUGACAAAGAGGUGAAACUAAACAUGAGCUAUGCUGACACCAUCUCUGAGUUAAAUAUCAAGUUAGCUGAGGCAGACAAACAUUUGAGAGAAGCAAGGGAGAAAACUCUUAACUUAGAAAGGGAGUUAAUUUUAUCUAAAGCUAAAUCAGCUAAACCAGAGUGUGAAGAUCAUGUUCUGAGAGAUGUAUUGAAAGAAAGAAACAAGUUAAUGAAAGAAAAUAAAAGAUUAAAAGGGGAGUUGAAGGGUUUAGACCAGAACUUCUUUGAUGAAAUUGAAGACUUGAAAUUUGCUUUGCUUCAAUCCAGCAAGAUCAAUGAAGAAUAUAAAAACACUUUGGCCAAAAUGUGUUUGCAAUUUGGCCUUCCUUUUCCCCCUUCAGACAAUUACCUGGCCAAAAAUCCAACAGUCACCAUGAUCAAGUAAAAAUUUUGACCAACAAAUAGAAAAGACAAGUCAGGAAAUUAUACAAUAAUUUAUUGACAAAUUCAAUAAUGAC